AUGGCAUCCCGAUCAAUUUUAUUACGCUUCGAAAGUCGGAACGGCCAGUUUCGAUUCACCGUCAACCCGCAAGACCACUUCACAUCGCUCCAACAAAAGAUUCUCGAGCAUUUGCCACCCGACGUCGAGCCGGCUUCUAUAGCAUUGUCUAACAAGCCGAUAGGCACUGGCGGAGAAGAAAGAGAGCUCUCGGCCCUGGGGGGUGUCUCGAUUGGCCAAGUUGGCCUCAAACACGGUGAUAAGCUCUUCGUCGGCUACCAAGAGGGCACUUCCCACAAAAAUGGCCCAUCUAACGGCGUCACCAACGCGGCUGGCGAGCGUCGACUAAAUGGAACCGAGGUGCCUCACGAACGGACCGUCCCUAUCCGUUCACAGUCAGCCUCCGACACUCAUUUACAAAAUCCCUGGGAGGUGGCCCAACAGUCGCCCCUGGAUAAUCUAUUGGACAAGAAAGAUGGAAAGAUUAAGCGCAAGCAAGACCAGCGGAUGUGCAAACAUGGGCCUCGAGGCAUGUGCGACUACUGCAUGCCCUUGGAACCCUACGACGCGAAGUAUCUCGGCGAAAAAAAGAUCAAACAUCUUUCGUUCCACUCCUACCUUCGAAAAAUCAAUGCGGCGACCAACAAGCCUGAGGCAGGAAGCUCUUUCAUGCCACCGCUGAGUGAGCCUUUCUAUCGGGUACGCAGUGAUUGUCCGUCUGGACAUCCGCAGUGGCCCGAGGGUAUCUGUACUAAGUGCCAGCCUAGUGCAAUCAGUUUACAACCCCAGGAGUUUCGAAUGGUGGACCACGUCGAGUUCUCAACCCCUGACCUGAUCAACUCUUUGCUGGAUUUUUGGCGAAAGUCUGGUGCUCAGCGACUGGGAUUCCUGUAUGGGACGUACGAGGAAUACACUGAAGUUCCGCUGGGUGUCAAGGCCGUCGUCCAGGCAAUCUACGAGCCUCCGCAGGUAGGAGAGGUGGAUGGCGUCACCCUGCAUGACUGGCAGAACGAAAAGGAGGUGGAUGAGGUGGCUCGUCUCUGCGGCCUACAGAAGGUUGGCGUUAUCUUCACAGAUCUUCUCGACGCAGGUCGUGGAGAUGGAUCUGUGAUCUGCAAACGCCAUAUCGACUCUUACUACCUUUCCUCCUUGGAGAUUGCUUUUGCUGCCCGUCUGCAGGCUCAAAACCCCAAAGCAACCAAGUGGAGCCGGACAGGGCGAUUUGGUUCAGAUUUUGUGACAUGUGUUCUCAGCGGCGACGACACAGGUGCCAUUGCCGUGAGCGCAUACCAGGCGACAGUUUCGGCCGUGGAGAUGAUUCGAGCCGACAUUAUCGAGCCGUCGGCAGAACCUUCGGUCAUGCUGGUACAGUCAGAAGAUGAUGAUCAGGGCAGUAAAACACGAUACAUUCCCGAAGUUUUCUUCCGCCGUAUCAAUGAAUAUGGCGCGAGCGUACAAGAAAACGCCGCGCCGAGCUUCCCGGUCGAUUUCUUGCUGGUCACUCUUACACACGGUUUCCCCACCGAAUCGACACCUCUCUUCACCAACAGCCGCUUCCCCAUCGAAAAUCGAGAGGUCAUCGGCGAGAGUCAAGAACUACGCCAUAUCGCACAAAAGCUUAUGUUGCCCGGGGACCCCGACAAAGCUAUCGAGGGCGUCUCCGAUUUUCAUCUUCUAUGCUUCUUGCAUAGUCUCUCCACCUUCAACAAAGAUGAAGAAGCCCUUCUCUGCCGUGUCGCGAGGACGCACGCCCCUGCCGAUGGAAUGCAGCUGCUGAAUACGUCCGGAUGGGCAACGUUGAUGACUAUCCUCCAGGAAAGUGGUGAGCGCCCCCCUAAGCGCCCCUGGCCCACUGCGACCGAGAGUUCUCGCUUGGAUUUUCGCAGCGAGAAAACGCGGUAUCCCUCACCCACUUCCCACCUCUCCAGAUCUUCGUCUCCCAGGUCGGAUGGUGAACAGCUUGCUAAGAGGUUCAAGGGAACUAGUCUAGGUUGA